AUGGACCCAAUUCGUAGCCCCCCCGGCAAAAGGGCCAGCCUGGCAAAUCGAACAACGAACCAACCAACCAACCAUAAGCAAGCAGGACGCGGCCUUAUCGGCCCCUUGCAAAGGGGGCUGCACGCGGGAAAACGGUUAAUUCCCGGGUGGAGCCUUUACGAGCAAUCGAGCGUGGAAAAAAGGUUUUCGGAAUACGAAAAAUGGGCUUAA